UAAAUAAUUUUUAAAUCCUGGUUGAAACUUAAAUAACAGCCCAAAGAAUGGCCAUUCCUGCACUUUACCCCCCGUCACGUGAAGGAUAAUCCAUUCCAGUUUCUACCACCAGAUUGACUUUCUCUUUAUUCUUCAAAAGUAAUCAGCUCAUGGGAGAGCAGAAAGAAGAAACAGAAGUCAACCAACCCACAGACCAAUCUCAUUCUUUUGUGGAAGUGAUUUGCAAAUGCACCGACAAGACUUGGCGAUUUGCUGCUGGAACAGAGGCAAAAUUCGCGCUGAAAUUUAUCAAUGACAGUAGGAUUGAUUCUAUCUUGGCAAACCCACCAGUAGCCUAUAUUGAAGCUGUUAAAGAUGGGGAAGUAUCUGUCAUUUUUGGCCCCAACUCAAUUCUUGUGAAUUACGGCAAAGGAUGGAAAUUGCAGCCAGCCACUGAGACAACAAGUUUUUCAAGAGGGAUGCCCGACGACUACGCAGCAGCGCAACCAGCAUAUGUUCCUCCGGUAUGAUUGAAACCACACAAAUCAAAUUACCUAUCCUUUUACAUGAAUUAUCGUUCUUUCCAUGUCCCAAUUUGAAUAUCCGCAUUUAACAUGUCUUGGAAGUUAAAAUGUAGUAGGCUCACAUUUAACUAGUUGCUUUUUUCUUUGUU